AACACGCUGGAGAAACGCAGAGCAAGAUAUCCAUACACUAAGAAUGAGUGAAACUCCUAUAGACCUUGAGCCUCAGCUUUCAAUCCAACCAUCGUCACAGCCAGAACCUGAGAGGCGGCUUCAGCCUCCACCUCUGUUGCAGCUGCCACUUCCCAGCCGGGAUACUCCUGAAACCCAUCAACAAACGCAGAUCCAGCCUGAGCUACAGCUGUCAGAGUCUAACCCCGAGCACCAGCACCAAGUAAAGCCAGUCUGGAUAAACCAUCGAAGGCUGCUUCUUUUAUUUCUUUUUGGGUUAUCUUUAUGUGGCGCCAUUCUGGGAAUCAUUUACUAUAUUCAUCAGAAUCUUCAAACUAGGAGCAAUAACCAGGCAGGCACUGAGACUCCAUGUCUCUCCCCGGCCUGUCAGUGGGCCUCGACCCGUCUGUCCAUGUCUGCUGAUCCCUUCAAGCAGCCCUGUGAUUACUUCUUGUUCACAUGUGGCUCUGACAGACUUUCACCAGACAGUGGAGGGAGACAAAGAGGUCAGGGCAUCCCUGGACAUCCACAGAACCAGAAGGAAAAGGCCGAGUGGCCAGAGAGGAGAGGACAAAGUCAAGACAGAGGACUGAUAGAGCAGAAAAUAGUGGAUAGAAAAACGGUGCUGCUGCAGUAUCUCAAGGAGAUUUUAGAAUCAAACGACAGACCAGGUAGUACAGCAGUGCAGAAGACCAAAGGAUUCUACCAUUCCUGUUUGGACACCAAAUCCAUAGACACUGCUGGAGCAGAGCCCUUCCUCACACUCAUCCAGAAAUUGGGAGGCUGGGCAGUAUCAGGCCAGUGGAAUCAGACUGACUUCAACUCCACCCUUAGCCUGCUGAUGAGAGACUACACCACCUUUCCAUUCUUUAACCUCUAUGUGGGCAAAGACCCAAAUGAAAUUGCCCAGGGAACAACUAAAAGAUACAUACAGAUUGACCAGCCAGAUCUAUUGAUCCCGAUUGAAUGGAACAGCAAGACACAGAAGUCUGAAGCUAAAACUCAGACGCUACGUCCCUUCUUGGCAUCAUGUUAUAGUUACCUGGCCCUGUUGGGCGCCCCGCCCAGCACCCGUAUGAGACAUGUGGGCAUGUUCAUCUCUCUGUCCUCUGAGCUCGCUGUGGCUUCUGCACCUCUGGACUAUCGCCUGUCAAAAAGGCAGCUCUUUCAGCGCAUGACCAUCAAAGAGCUACAGAGCCAGGCCCCUGCUAUUGAUUGGUUGGGCUGUCUGCAGGCUGCUUUCCAUCCCUUGCCCCUCAUUGCCGAUGAUCAUGUCCUUCUGCAUAACUUACCCUACAUUGUGCAAAUGUCCCGCAUCAUUGGCAAAUGGCUGGACAGGCAUGAGCUGAGCACCAGUGCCCCCCUUCAUACUUACAUGGUCCUCAAUCUGCUGCACACCCUAAUGCCUGCUCUAGACUCCAAGUUUUCUGAAACAGCGAAGAAUUUGUCUGUGGCUCUGGGUAACACUGAAGGGAUAGCCCCUCGCUGGAAACACUGUGUGUUAGAGACCGAGAGAGGAUUUGACUUAGUUCUUAGAGAACUUCUCAAUGAAAGGACAGCACACAGAGAGGCAGAGGAGAUUAUUCAAAAUAUCUUUUCCUCCUUCAAGUCGAAAUUAAAUGAACUCAAGUGGACAGAUCAGAAGUCUAUCCAGUUUGUCAUGAAAAAGGUUCAGUCUUUAAUUCCGAGACUUUGGACAACGAAAGAGAUUUCUAGUGAGGCUGAGCUUGACCUGCUUUUUUCCAAGGUGACAGUCAGCACAAGUAGCUUCUUCUCCAACUACGUCCAGCUACUGUCCUUAUGGCAAAAGAGACGUAGUCAACUCUUGACUGAGCUGACUGAGGAGCCUGAUGUUUUGUCUGUCACACCUUUUCUCCUGGGUGAUGAGCUCCUCUUUCCCAUGGGGAUGUUUGUCCCUUCACACUUCCAUCCUACCUAUCCUAGGGCAAUGAAUUAUGGUGUAAUGGGUUUCCUUAUCGCCAAAGAUCUCCUCCAUCUGAUUCUGCCGGACAUUUACGCUCAGAGUGAGACAGUGCAUUCUGUGGGGGAAUGUGUGUGGGCUCACUACCUCACUGUGACAGAAAAAACAGGCCGAGAUGGAGUGUCUUCUCUCUCAGCAUCGCAGCUGCAGGAGGUGUGGGUGCAGUAUUCUGCAUUGCAGAUAGCACUGCAGGCUUACCAUCAGACUCUAAAGAACCACCCGAGUGACACUUCCAUGUCAGGACUGUCGCACACUCGUCUGUUUCUCACAUCUUUUUCUCAGGUUAACUGUGACUCAGACCCAUACCGGGAACUUAUGCCCUUGGAGCCCUCCUUCUUGAUUACAGUCAUUUGUGCUAAAUCUGACCUGUGCCCUACAAGCCUACAGUGCUUCAAUAAAACCCAGCAGCAUCCAUUACAGGCAUGCUGACAGCACUCCUCUGAAGACCAGUGGGUUGUUUUUGUAGUUACUGAUUAUUAUUGAUUGUCUGGCAAACCAUCUACUUGGUGCUGUAUAAAUUAAGCACACUGUGGAUGUUGACAAACUGUUGUUUGAAUAAAGAUUGGUUAUAUAACAGAUAAGUAUGGUGGGAGUACCACCAGUAUGUAAAAAGCCAAGAAAACACUGACAUUUUUUUGUAGUUAUUGUUAAGACAUGCUUGCAUUUCCGUAGAUUGCACAAGAUCUUAAGUAUUUGUGUAAAUAAAAUAAACAUUUUAACAACUA